AUGAGUGAUGACUUACAUCAAACCUCGUUACAUAACUUAGCACAUAUAGCUAAUAUGUCACACGAGCUACAAGUUCUUAAUCAACAAUUGAACGAUGAGACUUCUGGGAAUAAGAAUAACAAUCAAAUGUCACCAGAAACUACCGAUUCUAAUCAAAUGAAGAACGGGAAAACUAAGAGAAUGGCAUGUGUCGAAUGUCGUCAACAGAAAUCGAGGUGUGAUGCUCACGAGAAACAUCCUGCUCCAUGUUCAAGAUGUGCCAAGAAGGGCCUUCAAUGUAAUUUAAAAUCGGACUACAAAAGAACGUAUAAAAGAGCCAGAAUAGCCCAAAUAGAGAAAGAAUUUUCGGAGUUGAAAAAGAAACUCACAACUACACAGGCAGCAGAAUUACUCAGUAAAGUGCCAACAUUGUCUAAUGAUCCGACACUGGCCAUCUCAUCUGUAUCUCCUCAACCACAACUAGUUAAUGACCGAAACCAACUUCAGUACCAACCAGAGAAGUCGCAUAUUCAACGUACGCAAAAUAUUCCUGAAUCAUGGCCGUCGUCGGUGUCACCUUAUAAUACUCAGUAUGACACAAGAUACUUCCAUGACUCGUCUGAGACGAAUACUUCCAUACCUAAUACUCCUUCGAUAACAAGGCCCAUGGUCCAAGCAAACCCACCAGAAAAAAGGUAUGUUCCAAAAGCGGAGGAAGUAAAAAUACUGGAACAAGAUCUUUUAUGCGAGGAAAAACGACUAGAAGACGUCUCGUUAUCUAGCGAAAUCAUCAGAGCAUUAUUUUUGGAAUAUGUUGACUACUACCAUCCAAUUUUACCUGUAGUUGACGUAUCUAUGGGUCCCGAAAGAAUAUACCGAUUAUGUCCUGCUCUUUUCUGGGUUAUUAUGUUUGUAUCGUUAAGAAGAUAUCAAGAUAACUUACAGAAGUCGUUACUUCUAAAAUUAUCCCCCAUUAUAAAAGGAAUCUUGGCAGAAAUUACUAUUUCUCCAAUAACGAGAUAUAAUCCGACAGUUGAAGAUGAACCUAUAAUGAAUGCCAGUUCUGUGUAUUCGGUACAAGCAUUUUUAUUAUAUACAUAUUGGCCACCAAUUACGUCUUCUUUAAGUGCCGAUUCAUCUUGGAAUACAAUUGGUGUAGCAUUAUUUCAAGCUAUCCGUAUUGGAUUACAUACUCCAGGGCUGUUGGUGGCACACGAUAGCAAAGAGCCGAAAACACCUCAAGAAUUUGCAAUGGCUCAAGAACAAGCUAAGACAUGGAUUGUAUGUAAUACCGUAUCACAAGAUGUUGCUACUGCAUUUGGAUUUCCGGCGUUUGUUCAGUUUGAUACGUCGAUAUAUAAUUCACGUAAGGCCGGAAGUGAUCUACAAAUUCCAAAAUCAAUUCAAUUUAUGAUGGAGAUUGCUCACUUUGAAGACCAAGUUGCAAAAACUUUAAAUUCAAAUCCAACUGACAGCUGUGGUUUGAUUGAUCCCACUGAAAGAUUACCAUUGUUAAAGAUUUUAUCUAGACAAUUGGAUGAGCUCGAGUUGAAGGUGAAGAACGAUUUGCCUGCGGAUGAUGGAUUUAGAGAAUUUCAGUUAUUGACAGCAAGAGUUCAUCUUCUCACAUACUAUUUUAUGGACUCAUCGAGGAUUGCGAACUUUGAAUUACAGAAAGGACUAGUUCGUCUUUACAAUGCUGCAAUCGCGCUAGUAAAUCAUGCCCAAAUAUGCCAGUCGAAGACUCAAACAUUCAUUAAGUAUUUGCCAGGUGUUUAUAUUUUGAAUAUUUGGCAAGCUUCUUGUAUUAUAGGAAAAUUAUCACACUCGCCUUUGAAGAAGGUAAUUGAUUUAGGUUCUGGCAGGCAAAGUUAUCUAACUGCAAUUUCAUUAGCAGCAAAGGCAUCUAUAUUGAAACAUGAUAUGGCACAUAGAUCAAGUGGAAUCAUGAGAAAUAUGUGGCUGCUCUUCGCUACGUUGGACGAAAAAAAACUGACUAGUCUAAGCAUCAAUAUUAGGACAAGGAUGGCAGCUUCUGUUUUCUUUGAUUGUUUAUACCUCUUGCGAGACCAAGCAGGUAUGAUCAUAUUGAAUAACAGAAAUCAAAAUCAAGAAAACGACGGGGAAGAAGAAAAUGAGGGGGGUUCCGGCGAAGACGAUGAAGAAUACGGAUAUGCAGACAACGAUGAAGCCGUAGCGUCUGAAGAAGAGAAGUCCAUCGAAGAAAACCAAAGAGGGAGUGGAAGCCAAAAAUCUACACCUAGUAGUAACACCUCGAGCAGGGCAAAGAGACAGCGUUCAUUAUCUGGUACAAUCAAUGCUGAAUCGAAGGCAAGAAAAAUUAUCCAGACUAUUCCAUUGGAUCCCCAACCCAUACCUGUUCAUGGCAACAGAAGCAGCUUAUUCAAAUCGAUGGACUCCAACAAUUCGUAUAAACGAACGCGAGAAAGUUCAGACUCGCCUCAACAAGGAAACCAGAAUAUAGCGGGGACACCACCUUACAAAAAUACCAAUACCCCAUCUCAUCACGAUCACGACCAAUUCCGUCAGAAAAUCUACACCGGCUACAACCAGCCUGCCAAAACUGGUACCAAUGGUGAGGGGGCCCGAAUGUCAGAGCCUCAAAGAAUGAACAUGUACUACUCUAACCAAAAUGCAAGGACCAAUUCCUCUAGAGAAACCAAUUCUAACGUUGGAAGUAGAAACAAUAUGGAUAUGCCUUUAACGGACAUGGUACUAAACGAAUCUCCCAUUCAAGGUGGUCUAGAAAAUCUAGAAAUAGACCACCUUGACAUCAACACUGAUUUACUCUGGAAAGAUGUGGAUAGUGUCAUGAAUGAUUUUGGCUUCCACACUCGAUAG